AUGGUGAAGUUACAGUUACCCAAUCCUGGCCUGGAGGACAGGAUACCUUCCCACACAGAACUCGAGGUCCUUGAGAAAGAAGAGGCAGACUCCAGACCAAAAUGGGACAAUAAGGCUCAGUAUAUGUUGACGUGCAUAGGGUUUUGUGUGGGCUUGGGAAAUGUGUGGCGGUUUCCGUAUCUCUGCCAGAGCCAUGGAGGAGGAGCCUUCAUGAUCCCUUUCCUGAUUUUGUUGAUUCUGGAGGGUAUCCCCCUGCUUCAUCUUGAGUUUGCCAUUGGUCAAAGGCUGAGGAAGGGCAGUGUGGGAGUCUGGAGUUCCAUCCACCCUACUCUGAAAGGUGUUGGCAUAGCAGCAAUGUUUGUAUCUUUCCUAGUGGGUUUAUAUUACAAUACUAUCAUUGCCUGGGUAAUGUGGUAUUUCUUCAACUCCUUCCAAGAGCCCCUGCCUUGGAGCAGCUGUCCUCUCAAUGCCAGCAGAACAGAUUACAUAGAAGAGUGUGCCAAGAGCUCCCCUGUGGAUUAUUUCUGGUACAGAGAAACAUUAAACACUUCCAAUUCUAUUGCGGAUUCAGGCACUAUACAGUGGUGGCUUUUGUUAUGUUUAACAUGUGCAUGGGGAGUACUGUACGUGUGCACAAUCAGAGGCAUUGAAACAACAGGAAAGGCCGUGUAUGUAACAUCAACUCUUCCGUACCUUGUGCUCACCAUUUUUCUAAUCCGUGGCUUGACACUGAAGGGAUCAGUCAAUGGGAUUGUGUAUCUCUUCACUCCCAACGUUACUGAGCUGGCUAACCCAGUGACGUGGCUGGACGCGGGUGCUCAAGUGUUUUACUCUUUCUCCCUGGCGUUUGGAGGCCUCAUUUCAUUCUCCAGUUACAACUCUGUUCACAACAACUGUGAGAAAGAUGCUGUGAUUAUCUCAGUGAUCAAUGGUUUCACAUCUGUCUAUGCAGCAACUGUCAUAUACUCCAUCAUUGGAUUCAGAGCCACAGAAAGAUACGAUGACUGUUUUGACAAAAAUAUUCUCACCUUGAUGAAUGCAUUUGACUUGCCAGAAGGCAAUGUAACCCAAGAUAACUUUGAACAAAUGCAGCAGUUAUGCAACAUGACUAAUCCGGAAAUUUUUGCAAGCCUUAAGUUUGAAACCUGUGAUCUGAAAACUUUCUUGAAUGAUGGAGUUGAAGGAACUGGCUUAGCCUUUAUUGUCUUCACUGAAGCUAUCACCAAGAUGCCUGUCUCACCUUUGUGGUCCAUCCUCUUCUUCAUCAUGCUAUUCUGUUUGGGUUUGUCAUCUAUGUUUGGAAACAUGGAAGGUGUGCUUGUACCUUUACAAGAUCUUAAUGUCAUACCCCCUAAAUGGCCUAAGGAACUCGUUACAGGUCUCAUCUGCGCAGGAUCUUACUUGAUAGCUUUUAUUUUUGUCCUGGAGUCUGGUAAUUACUGGCUGAGUUUGUUCGACAGUUUUGCUGGCUCUAUUCCUUUGCUAAUAAUUGCAUUUUGUGAGAUGUUUUCCGUUGUCUACAUUUACGGAGUAGACAGGUUUAACAAGGAUAUUGAGUUCAUGAUUGGACACAAGCCCAAUAUCUUCUGGCAGGUUACCUGGAGAGUUAUCAGCCCUCUCAUUAUGUUAGUUAUCUUCUUCUUCUAUUUUGUGGUGAAGGUCAAUGAAGAACUGCUCUACAGUGUCUGGGAUCCUAACUAUGAAGACUUCCCGAAAACACAGAAGGUUGGAUAUCCCAGUUGGGUGUAUGCUAUUAUUGUAAUACUCGCUGGUGUGCCUAGUUUGGUCAUCCCUGCCUUUGCCAUCUACAAAGCCAUCAGAAAUUGCUAUCAGAAGAAAAAAGAUCGCACAGGCCUUAUAGGCUCCACGUCUGAGACUUCUGUCAAUGGAAACUUAAAGAACUCAGCAUAA